CGUUGGGGACGUUUUUUAUUUUUUUUAUUUGGUUUCCGACGACUGCACUAACCACAUAGAACCCGUCACUUGAGUUGUCGGAUAAACUAGGUUCAAUUAAACCAAACGUUCCAAUUAGAAUAUAAAGAAAUAACAAUGCGUCUGCUUAUUCUAUAUGGAAGUCAAACGGGAACGGCACAAGAUGUUGCCGAACAGCUGUGGCGCACCUCGAAAACAUAUGGCUUCGAAGGACCAGUCCUGGCCAUGAAUGAUUACCCCGUACAGAAUCUAAUUGAAGAAACAUUGGUGUUGUUUGUUGUUGCCACAACGGGUGAUGGCGAUGAACCGGAUAAUAUGCGUAACUUUUGGAAGUUCUUAUUGAGGCGUAGUCUUCCAAAUAAUUCGCUGGACAAGUUACAAUAUGCCUGCCUGGGAUUGGGCGAUUCUAGUUAUUCCAAAUUUAACUAUGCGGCAAAAAAGUUAAAUAAGCGGCUACAGCAAUUGGGUGCAAGUACCAUUGUUCCCAUGGGUUUAUGUGAUGAUCAACAUGAUCAUGGGUUGGGAGCAGUUGCUCUGCCAUGGAUGGACCAAGUAUGGUUGGAAUUGGAAAAACGUUUGGGUGUAAAGGCGAAUGGCAGCGAUAGUGGUAGAAUAUUUAAAUGGUCAUGUCGGGUGGUAGAUGUUCCUUACGAUGAGAAUCGAGAUCAAAAUCACAUACUGUGGCCGCAUAAGGAGGAACCCCUAAAACUGAUUCUACGUGAAAAUUUGCGUACCACAGAGGAAGACCACUUUCAGGAUGUACGAUUAUUAAAAUUUGAUGCAGCAGAGGCAACAUGGAGCCCGGGUGAUGUAUUACAAGUACAACCCCAAAACUCCCAGGAACAGAUUGAUGAAUUCUUUUCAUGGGCUGAAGAGCACAAAUUGGAUUUUUCUCCCGAUACUCUGGUGGAAAUCGCUAGUAAUCACAAGGACAUCAGUGUACCAAAAUGCUAUAGCCAACCUUUAACAGUUAAACAAAUGGUUACCUAUUUAUGGGAUUUAAGCCACAAGCCAAGACAAAGAGCAUUUGAGUUGCUUGCCCUUAACUGUGAGGAUGAGCUUGAAAAGGAAAAACUAUUGGAAUUUACCACAGCCGAGGGCCUGGAUAGCCUUAUAAAUUACAUCAAUCGUCCGCGACGUACGGUUUUGGAGGUAUUGCAGGACUUUCGUCAAGCUUCUGCUAAAAUGACACUAAAUACUUUAGUGGAACUUUUUACUUUUAUACAACCACGUAGCUUUUCCAUUGCCAGUUGUGUGGGAUCGGGCAAAUUGGAUCUGCUGGUGGCAGUGGUGGAAUAUAAAACAAAGUUGUCAAAACCAAGGUUGGGUUUAUGUUCAAAUUGGUUAAAAUCCCUGAAAGUUGGUACAACAGUGUUAGGUUGCAUUAAACCGGGAACAAUGAAACUGCCUAAAAAUUCUAAAACUCCUGUAAUUAUGAUUGGUCCUGGGACAGGCAUUGCACCUUUCCGUGGUCUAAUACAAAGCCGCUUUUUUCUGACAAGAAAAGAUGGAGAAGUUAAUGGUGUUGUUGGUGAUGAUCCCUCAAUGGUUGUAUAUUUUGGUUGUCGAAAUCGCAGCAAAGAUUUUCAUUUUCGUGAAGAUCUAGAGCAAUGGUCCAAAGAGGGUGUUAUUAGUCUACAUUGUGCCUUUUCUCGAGAUCAGGAUCACAAAAUAUACGUUCAGCAUUUAAUUGAACAAAAUGUUGAGAAACUACAAAAACUGAUUUUGGAAAGGCAAGCUGUUAUAUUGGUGGCUGGUUCUUCCAAUGACAUGCCAAAAGCUGUAAAAGAAGCCUUUCUCAAGGUACUUAAUGGCCAGGAGACCUUGUUAGAAGAAAUGGUCAAACAAAAACGUUAUCAAGAAGAAACCUGGUCUUAGUCACAAAUGAUAAUAAACUUUGUUAUUUAAUAUACAUUUAUAGAAAAAAAUAAAUACAAUUUAUGCUAUUUAA